AUUGAACACUCACAUUACUGUCGCGUUGCUUGACCACCUGACCGUUCGAGUCGCGGAGAUACCCACCUCCAACACACAUCCCACGAAACCUUCCCUAUCUCAGCUAUCUCCACAAUGUCUACCGACACUCCCCAGCAAGCUACCGCGCAGCCCGACGUACCCUCCGCGCCCUCCUCCCAACAAGCCCCAAACCCGCAAGAAGCGCAAACCUACCGCCAAACCGCCGCCUCCAACAUCCGCCACCUCAGCCGCCUAAACGAGCACCUCCCCACAAUGCUGACCUACUUCGCAACCGCCCUGACCCAGCUCACCACCUCGCCCAUCCACACAGAGAAGCAACAAAACCAACCCGACAGCGUCCUCGCGCGCCAGGUCGCCCUUCGAGAAGCAAUGGGCACCGUCAUGAUGAUGACGAAUAUCCUGCGCGAGGAGCUCAUCACCCAGAUUGAGGAGCUGGAGAAGCACGGCGUUAUACCUGCAGCGCAUCAGCGCUUUACGGCUGCACAGCCCCGCGCUGUGGAUGGUCAGGAGGACAGGCCGAGAGAUUCAGAGGCUGGGGUUAAGAAUGGGGGGUAUGGCGAUUUUGAUGUGGGGGUGUUGAAUGCGAGGGCUGCGUCGGGUCAGGUGGGUGGGGAGGAUGCGUUGAAUAGGCUGAAGGCGGUGCUGGAGGAUCUUACGAAGAGGAGUGGGGGGGAUGUGAAUGGGGAAGACAUGGCUGUCGAUGGCUGAAGGAGGGGGGAGACGGAGGAAAGUCGAGAACACAUGAUACCCCGAGCCAGACUGGGCUUGAGCGCAGAGCAGACGGACAGCGAAAGCAUCCAAGUCGCACUGCAACGGCAAGUCGGAGUGAGCGUUUGAGUAGAGUCGAGAGACUUGAAAAAGACGUGCAAAAGGUACUGUAGUGCUUUGCAUAGGCUCAGUCAUGACGGCCGUGCUUCGUCUGCACCUACAUGGCCCAAGGCAAGCAAUGCGAGGAAGAAGACAUGAUCAUAAACGAGAAGGGGCAUGGGCGAAAGAACUUACCGUAACCACAUGAACCCAGCAAGACACGUAGACGAACGAACAACUCACGUAUUGGUGUCACGCUACAUGCUCUGUAAAUGCAAUCGAUGAACA